CCUCAACAACCAGGGCCACCCCCUCGGCCUCAAGCUCCUCGACCUCCUCCUCCACCGCGAGCCGCCGCGCACCCAGCUCCGGCCCCUCAACAUCAUCACGCUGCUCCACUUCAUCAAGCAGAACCUCUGGCAGCACCUCUUUGGCCGCCAGGCCGACCGCCUCGAGAAGAGCGCCAACCCCGACACGCCCGACGAGUACAUGAUUGUCGACAACGAGCCGCUCGUCAACCGCUUCGUCAGCGUGCCGCGCGAGCUGAGCCAGCUCAACUGCGCCGCCUUUGUCGCCGGCAUCGUCGAGGGCGCCUGCGACGGCGCCGGCUUCCCUGCCCGCGUCAGCGCGCACAGCAUCAAGGCGCCCGGCAAGGAGGAGGCCGAGCUCUGGCCGGGCCGGACGGUGUUCCUGAUCAAGUUCCGCGGCGAGGUCGUCGAGCGGGAGGGCUUCCUGAAGCAAUAA